CUUGUGAUGUCACGAACGAUUGAGCUGCGGCGAAACUACCACCGAAGAAGAAAAAGGCGGAAGUUAGCAACGUUUCAAGACGACGCGAGACAAAGGCGAAGAAAGUGUAAUCGAGUUAAAAAAAAAACAUUCAAAAUGUUAAAAGAGUUGGUGAAGGAGCGACUAAUGGCGGCAGCUGACGAAAUAUCCGCACUGUUUGAAAAAACGAUAGCGUCUUACGAAGAGGAACUUUCUCGAACGAGAGAAGAGAAGGAGCGACAUCGACAACAACUGGAAGCUGUUUAUAAGAGUCGAUAUGUGUUUCACACUGAAGAUGUCCAACAGCUGAUUGGUUGCACAGAAGUACACCCUCCUCAGCCAAAGGAGGGGAGCUCAACUUUGGACCAGGAGGAUCCUCAGCCCCGUCAAAUAAAAGAAGAAGAAGAGGAACUCUGGACCACUCAGGAAGGAGAAUUUCUUCUCGGGCAGGAGGAGGCCAAUCUUACCAAGCUGCAACUGACUGGUGUCUCUGUGAAGACUGAAUACUCUGAAGACAAACCACCUGAGUUCUCACAGUUUCAUCACAGUCCAAGUGUUGAGAACCGAGGGGCGGAGCCUCCAAGCAGCAGCUCACCACCACACAUAACAACAGAAGCCGAUGGAGACCACUGUGGAGGACCACAAGCAGACAACCUCUUCGCUCCACUAUCAGAUAGUGACGACACAUCAUAUCUGCACAUAAAUGAGAUGGCAAAUAAAUACCACAUUGAGGAUGCUUUGAAAAGGAUUAUGGAUGGAAGUUCGAGUGACAUGGAGCAGCUCGGGGAAGAGGAUGAUGAGAUGGAUGAAUGGACCCCUCCUGCGAGGAUGGAGGAAAGCACAGACACUAGUGAUGAUGAUGAGGAGGACCCGGAAGUCCCAGACGAGGACACAACGGAACACAAUGAUAUAACACAAACGCAAGCGACACGGCGGAAAAUGAAAAGAAAAGAGUAUCAGUGGAAAAGAAAACGGUUUGAACCUCCAGCGGUUGACUUUGUGGAGUAUGUCGAGGAAGGCUCCGAAGACAGACUCGACUGGACGCCAUACUCGUAUUUCAAAGACUUUGUGACCGAGGAAAUGCUGCUGGAAAUUGCCGAAGAAACAAACUUGUACAGCCUGCAAGAAGACGGAAAGUCGGUGAACACAAACGCCAAAGAAAUUGAGCAAGUUGUGGGUAUGUACAUGCACAUGGGGUUGGUACAGAUGCCCAACGUGCGAGCCUACUGGGAGAUGGAGACCAGGUACCCGGCGGUUUGUGAUGUCAUGUCGCGUGAUCGAUUCCUGUGUUUGCUGCCGCGGAUUCACUUUCAGAACAACCUCAGGGUAUCGGAGGAGGCGAAAAAAGACAAACUGUGGAAACUCAGUCCGUGGUUGGAGAAAUUACGGCAACGUUUUCUUUGCAUACCUCCGGAAGAAUGUCAUGCUGUAGACAAAAUCAUGGUGCCUUUUAAAAGAAAAUUAAAUCUGCGGCGCUGCGUCCCGGGAAAAGAUCCCAAGUCGGAGUUCACGAUGUGGGGUCGUGUCGGACUCAGCGGCUUUCUUUACGACUUUGACGUGUGCCAAGGGGAAGAAAAUCCAGACCAGGAGAAAUCUGACGUUGACGCUGCUGGAGACGUUGUACUGAAAAUGACCUCAACCCUGCCAGCGAAUAAAAAUCACAAAGUUUUUGCUGACAAAUAUUUUACAUCGGUUCAAUUAGUGGAGCACUUGAAACAAAGAGGAAUCUACUUCAUAGGCACCGUGCGAAUGAGCAGGGUGAAGAACUGCCUACUGGUUCAUGAGAAGGAAUUAAAGGCCAAGGGAAAAGGGUCUCUAGAUUUCAGCGUGAACCAGGAAGACCACAUAAUUGUGAGAUGGUACGACAACAAAUCUGUCGACCUGCUCUCCUCUUUUGUCGGCGUUGAACCACUGGGCCACGUGAAGCGCUGGGAUCGGAAAGCCCACACCCAUAUCCUGGUUCCCAGACCAGCCAUCGUCGACGCUUACGGCAAAUUCAUGGCGGGCGUUGACCUUCUUGACAUGUUGUCUGCACUUUACAGGUACAGAUUCAGAUCUCAGAGGUGGUAUUUAGACAUCUGGUGGCACACCGUUACGGUGGCGGUGAUCAACGCAUGGAUCCGCUACAGAAAAGACGUGGAGAGAAUGAGGCCCGAGCAAAAACCGCUGCCUCUUCAGAGGUUCCAGGCUUCUGUUGGCACGUCUCUCACAAGUGCAGGGAAGGUCACAAAGUUUGCCAGACCGCUAUCCUCUCCAGAUGCCACGCCGACCCCUUCCCGGAAAAGGAAAACGACCGGCGUGCCGCCCGACGUGAGGAAGGACGCCCUUGACCAUUUCCCAACGUGGCAAACCAGACAGCGAUGCAAGUACUGCACCGGUCACUUUUCCCAUGUGUACUGUGAGAAAUGCAAAGUGCAUCUUUGCCUGAACAAUCACAGAAACUGUUUUCAGGCCUUCCAUCAUGCAAACUGAAAAUGUCGUGACACCAAAUUACUUUUCUCUACCAGUUCCAUUAGAAUAGGACUUUUCAAUGCUGCAAGUUAUUAAAAAUGUUCUUUUU